GCUGUGUGAGGUGAGUAGGGAUGCAGCAAAGGUGAGAAAUGACAACCAGAAACGGACAUUAGUCAAAUAUACUGUUUAUUCAUGACAUAGUUUGCCUCAUACAGUGCAAUAAUAGGUAGCUGACGGAGGAGCCAGAAGGUAUUUAUACAUUGCCGGUAAGCUAGUCAGGCCACCCCAGCUGACAGAGCACGUCCGUAGGAGAGGAAAGCUCCAUCUGCUACCAUGGGGAACAUUUUUGGCAACCUCCUAAAGAGUCUUAUAGGAAAAAAGGAGAUGCGGAUUUUGAUGGUUGGUCUGGAUGCAGCUGGGAAGACCACAAUCCUGUAUAAACUGAAGCUGGGAGAGAUAGUUACAACAAUUCCCACCAUCGGUUUUAAUGUGGAGACAGUGGAGUACAAGAACAUCAGUUUCACUGUGUGGGAUGUGGGUGGUCAAGAUAAGAUCAGGCCUUUAUGGCGACACUACUUUCAGAACACACAGGGUCUUAUAUUUGUGGUGGACAGCAAUGACCGUGAGAGAGUGAAUGAAGCCAGAGAAGAGCUGAUGAGGAUGCUAGCUGAAGAUGAACUGAGAGAUGCAGUGCUACUUGUCUUCGCCAACAAACAGGACCUGCCAAAUGCAAUGAACGCAGCAGAGAUCACAGAUAAGCUUGGCCUUCACUCUCUCCGUCAUCGCAACUGGUACAUCCAGGCAACCUGUGCCACCAGUGGCGACGGUUUGUAUGAGGGGCUGGACUGGCUGGCCAACCAGCUCAAGAACAAGAAGUGAAGUGGACCGGAGGAAGAAGAAUCUUGAGCUGCAGCUCAUCAAGGAGCACCAGAGGGUUGGAGUUUCUUUUAUUCUGUUUACAAGAUGAGAGUGGAGAGAUCAGGCCAACGCAGAGUUUUACUGUGCAGCCUGGGCUCCACUCUUCAGUGCUUUCUCACUUUGUAAAAAUGUCACUUUAAACCCCUCUCCCAUUUUGAUGAAUCUUCUACAGCAGUAAUCACUAAAAGAUAGGUAGCACAUCCCCAUGACUUUAACAUUUUAUCUAGUGAGAAAGUUGCUUAGCUCUUGUGUGAAUUGGAGUGAUCCGGUUAUCAUAUUCUGGGCUUCUUAUUUAUUCACCCUGUAAAUGUGUAAAACACUAUGAAGGGAUGAUAAAAAUUCUCUGGCUUUUAUUAUUACUGUGGCAUAUAGUAAUUAGUGUUAAAUGCAGGUCAUUUAAACUAUCGUAACACUGCCCUAGUGGCUCAAAACCUUGUUCCUAAUGGCUUAGACCUUAUUUUCAUAAGGUUUUAAGUGUGGGAAAUAAAUUGUGAAAUGUUGUUGAUCGAUUCCAGAAAUAAGGCUCGGAUUAUUAGAGAAUUUCAGAGGUGUGCUGUGACUUGAGGAAUGCUAGACUCAAAUGUGUUCCAAUGUGUUUCAAUUUUAUAUGUUUUUGCUAGAGUAAUGCUGUGGAGAUUUUACAGUAACACACUGUUUUAUUAGCAUUUAAGUCAGUGGUGAAAGUUGUAGAGAGUGGCAAUAGUACUUUGGCUGCCUGUACAUAUAGCCCAGGUCCUUGAGCAGGCCUCAGUCCUCUGUGAGCAAACAGAUGAUAUGGUCACUGCUCUUUUGUCUUUGCACGUACACAUUGCCUUGACUGAAUGGUAGUUUGUGCACUGUUGUGGGGGUUGCACAGACUAUGUUGUAGUGCACUACCUGAGGUGCGCUUUUGUGAUGUAGUGCACUAAAUGAAGAACAUACAGUGACACUUUACUGUAGGGCAUUGUUCAUAGUGCUACAUCACACCUACGUAAGCCCUUACAUGACAACUGAAAUACUACAUUAACAUUUCUGAACACUCAGUCCAGUAUGUGUCAUUUUCAGACAGGUUGCAUUUGCCAAUUUGGAUGUCAAGUAGACCUAACAUCUGUGUAAGGUGAUGUAAUCAUGACACUUUCUGUGGUGAAAUGACAGGCUUUGUAGCUCUGUGUAUGUCACGGUGUCAUAAUAAUGAUAAUAUGAUGUAGCUUGCCAAACCAGGCUGGUUGAACAAAAGUCAGCAUCUUCUGUGAUGUAAAGUGAGUUUCAUUUUAUUAUUCAGUAAAUUGUUAGAACACGUUAUUUCACCCCAAAAAUUGUCAUGUCAGAAAAAAAAAUCAGUCAUCUGACAUUAAUGUAAUGUCACCAUGGCGUCAAAGUUGACAAAAGCAGCGUUUGUGACAAAUGAAGGCUAAAUAGAAUAAGCCAUUAUAAAUCUUUGUAUAGUUAUGUGUCAGUUGUUAUGACGAGCUAAUGUGGGUGUUAUGUAGUCUUAUGAACACAGCACUACACUAAAGUGUUACCGAACAUGCCUGGUGUGGUCCUUACAAUUCUAUAACAAGAUAGCUGUAUUUGUACACCUCAGUGAAAGGAAUUUGCUGCUCUUGCAUGAUGUCUGUCAUGGUAGUGUGAUCUGUCUUGCUGUAUUUGUUGCAUGUGUGUAUUAGAUGCUGUGCAUUGGCCUUAAUAGCAGGGCAGGAGUAGCUCUCUGUAGCUCUUUGACUGGUAGGUGUUUCAGACAUUUAUAUUUCCUAGAGUAUCCGUACAGUAGUGGAGACUGAUUCUAAGGCACUCUAUUCAUUAGGGCUGCAAGAUUUGGACAAAGUACUGCACACUUAAAAAAGAUGGUGCUUCAAGGG